AUGAUUUCGACUGAGUUCACUGGUGUUUGUGGAUCAUUUAGUGUUGCUGAGGUAGUGGCAUCGCAGCUAACCGCUCCUGGUUCAUUUCCAGUGACUGUGGUAGAGAUUGCAGUGUCUUCAGAGGUGCUGAGAAAGUGUUUUGUUUCUCUUCUUCCACUUUGCCUACUAUUUGGUGUUUCUUUGUUCUCUGAGGUUGGCACUUCAGUAUUUUGGUUAUCUUUGUCAGGUCUUUGCUCUUGUCUCUUUCGCUGUCUCCUCCUGCUCCUCCUCUCCUCCCUCUCCCUCCCCCUCCGCUCACUCCUCACUGCCAGCACAUCCUCCAGCUCCCUCACCAUUUUGGCACUCACCACCUCCUUCUCUCUCGGUCCCACCUCUCCUCCUCCCUCCCUCCCAUUGGCAUCUGUCACACCGGUCUCCUCACCUUCAUCCACUGCUGCA